AUGCAAACGAGCCCUUGGCCGGAAACGCACGAAAGGGAUACCAAUAAGGCUGAAAUAGGCGACGGAGAAGUACUGUCGCAGCGACGGAGAACAGGCAGUGAAUAUGAGAACGCUAAUGGAAUGCCGGAUUCAUGCGGAUUCAAGCGGAUUCACGAACGCACUCCGAGGAUGUAUUUCCCGUUUGAAGGCGUUUCCGCUGAACACUUUCCGGGAGAAAUCUUGAAUUUUGAAGGGCGAAUUGCACAUGCAACCUCUCGCAACUCUCGCAAUGACAGGGGGCUAAAAACAAACGAAAUCCUGGAUGCCCUGUGCAAGAGCUUCCUCCCGAUGAACGUGUCUGCAAUCAUCUACACGACUACGGACGAGAGUUUCGGUCGCAACACGGCCUCCGCCCAGUACUUUUUGCAACUGGCUGGGUACUUGGGCAUCCCCGUCAUCGCCUGGAACGCGGAUAAUUCAGGACUGGAACAGGCCUCCAUGAGUGGGCUGAGAAUCCAAAUGGCGCCGUCCAUCCAUCACCAAGCGGCCGCCAUGUUGUCUAUCCUGGUGAGGUACCAGUGGCACGCCUUCACCAUCGUGACGUCACACAUCGCCGGCCACGCUGACUUCGUCCAGACGGUCCGGGACCAGGUGCACCAGUACGAGGACCCGCAUGACAUCUCCAAGCCCAAGAUCAAGUUCACCAUCAUCGACACCGUACUCGUGAACCGCGCUGAGGACGACCUCGGAGUUAUCGCCGACAGUGAGGCCCGUAUCAUGCUCCUCUACUCCACCCGCAUGGAAGCCGCGUCCAUCAUGCGGGCGGCCGAGAAACUGGGCCUGACGGGCAAGAACUACGUGUGGAUCGUCACGCAGUCGGUCGUCGGCCCCGAUAUCCACGCGCCGUCGGCCUUUCCCGUCGGGAUGCUGGGCGUUCACUUCGACACAAACGACGACGCCCUUCAGGAGGCCAUCGUCACCACCAUCAGGAUCUUCGGCUUCGGCGUCCUCAACUUCCUCAGCGACACCCGCAACGAGCACCUCAGCCUCAAGCCGCAGCUCUCUUGCGAAGGCCACACGAACGCCAGGUGGAAGCUCGGCGCCACUUUCUAUAGGUACUUGAAGAACGUGAGCAUCCCCUACGACAAAGUCUACGAGAACUACGACGCAAAGAGGGUCGAGCGGUUCGGCUUGGUCGAGUUCCUGCCCGACGGGACACGCAAAGACGUCGAACUCAAGAUCAUGAACUUACGAGACGCCGGAACACCCGACAGCAGGAAGUGGGAGGAGAUCGGCACAUGGAACUCCUGGGACCCUCAGGGCGUGACGAUCAACGACAUCGUGUGGCCGGGAUACCAGCACGUUCCCCCGCAGGGCGUGCCUGAGAAGUAUCACCUCAAUAUCGUGUUUCUCGAGGAACCUCCAUACAUCAGCCUGGCUUCACCCGACCCAGUGACGGGCCAGUGCAACGCGAACCGUGGCAUCCUCUGCAGAGUUGCUACGAAGGCAAUGAUGGCCAACGUGACCAACCAGACUCUGGCGCAACAGAACAGUACCUACUACCAAUGUUGCUCGGGAUUCUGCAUAGACAUGUUGCAGAAAUUUUCGGAUGAGCUUGGCUUCUCGUACGAUCUCUUUCGUGUUGAAGAUGGCAAAUGGGGCACUCUUGAGGGCUACAAGUGGAACGGUCUGGUCGCGGCUCUCAUGAACCACAAGGCGGACAUGGCACUGAGCAGCUUCAAGAUCAAUUCGGAGCGAGAGAGUGUCAUAGACUUCACGGUGCCAUUUCUCGAGUCCGGGAUAGCCAUUGUGGUCGCCAAGAGAACCGGAAUUAUCUCACCGACGGCGUUUCUGGAACCGUUCGACACUGCCUCGUGGAUGCUGGUCGCCUUCGUUGCUAUACAAGUGGCUGCUCUCACUGUGUUUCUCUUCGAGUGGCUCAGUCCCGGAGGAUAUAACAUGAAGGUUGCCCCUCCCCGCGACCACAAGUUCUCUCUCCUGCGGACGUACUGGCUAGUGUGGGCGGUGUUGUUCCAGGCCGCCGUCCACGUCGACUGUCCGAAGGGGUUCACAGCUCGAUUCAUGGCCAACAUCUGGGCCAUGUUCGCCGUGGUGUUCCUGGCCAUCUACACUGCCAACCUGGCCGCCUUCAUGAUCACGCGAGAGGAAUACCAUGACUUUUCGGGCAUCGAGGACCACAGGCUCCAGAACCCGUACGUGAAGAAACCCCCCUUUAAGUUCGGCUACGUGACAUACACCAAUACGGAAACCAUCCUGAACAAGCACCAGCCCGAGAUGUUCCGCUACAUGAAGGAAUAUAGCAAGUCGAGUAUCGCUGCUGGAAUCAAGGCUAUUAAGAAAGGGGACCAGGACGCCUUCCUCUACGAUGCCACUGUGCUGGACUACCUGGUGGGCCAAGACGACGAGUGCCAGCUGCUGACGGUGGGCACUUGGUAUCACAUGACGGGCUACGGCAUCGCUUUCCCGAGAGGAUCCAAGCACACGGCGCAGUUCAACGAGAGACUCAUGUCAUACAAGGAUAACGGAGACAUGGAGAGGAUACAAAGAUUCUGGCUGACGGGCGCCUGUAAACCCAAGAAACAAAACAAACGAGCAUCAGAACCUUUAGCCCUGGAGCAGUUCUUGUCCGCUUAUCUCCUGCUGUUCUCUGGGGUCCUGCUGGCGCUGAUCCUGCUUCUGCUCGAACAUUUCUACUUCAAAUACGUGAGACAACACUUAGCCAAGACGGACUCCGGAGGCUGCUGCGCGCUCAUCAGUCUGAGCAUGGGUAAAUCGCUGACGUUCCGCGGCGCUGUGUUCGAGGCCCAGGACAAGCUGAGGCGCCACCGCUGCCGAGACCCGCUGUGCGACACCCACAUCUGGAAGGUGAAGCACGAGCUCGACAUGGCCAGGGUCAGGAUCAAGCAGCUGGAGAAGGAGCUGGAGUCCCACGGCGUCAAGCCCAGUAGGAAGUUCGCCAGCAGUUUUCUCAAUAAUGUAGCCAACCUCUCGCUCCCUGUACAUAUCCCGGAGAUACUAGCCAGAUAUGGACACUUCAAUGUGACAACUAUGUGGACUUUUCAUAGGUUUACGGAACCAGCGUACUUAAGCCAGCUGCCAGUCAAAAGUCACAUUCAGUCACCUCACAUGAUUCUCUGA